GCUGGGCAGAGGACUGCAUGGUGAGGACGGCGCUGGCAGGCAUGCAGCGCCCCCUGAGGGAGCCCCCCUGAAUGGGACUUCCUGGACAGCUGCCCCAUCCAUGCAGACUCCCUCCUGGACCCCUCUGGGGCCUGCAUUCCCGCCCUGCAGGAGGGGAUGGUGCGAAGAUGUGGAUCCACAGCAGUGCAAGAGAAGCCCAGGAGCGUCAUAGACACCGGGCAGCACAGCGCUGCAGAGGUAAAGCCUGAGAAGAGGUGGGCGGGACAGAUGCCCACUGUCCCCGACGUCUCAGAUCGUUACAGAGCAGUGGCCCUGUGCCCUUGAGUGUAGCACGCACAGACACCAGACUCUGUCCUCAUGCAGCUGACAGUGGGGACGGGUGGGCAGACGGUAUGUUGGGCUGCCCUGGACAAGGCAGAGGCGGUCGCACCACAGAGCACAGAGCCUCCUGUUAGGCUCUUGGGCUGCCUGGGCCAGCACUGCCCCACUGGGCAUGGAGAGGGUGGGGCUGGAGCACACGCAGCCGGGCCAGGAGGCCUACCUGUCCAUCUCUGCAUGUUCCCUGGGCAGGCAGCAUGGGAGGAAAGGCCAGGCCUCACACUCUGCCUCCUACCUGCCUUUCCGGUCCUCCUUUUUGGUCCUCCACUUCUUGGUGGAGCUGCACUCCCAGCUGAACUCCUGGCCCAGGUGGAGCAAGCUGAGCCCACUAAGGCACAGCCCACGGGACCAGCUCCAGCCCCAGCUGAAGUCCCAUGUGCAGAGCCCAAGCCAGCUCCACCUGCAGCUUCCUGCCCAGUGCUGGGACCACAGCCAGAGUCCGUGGCAGCCCCUUCACCUGCUGCAGUGCUGGGGUACCCGGUGGUUGCACGGUGGUCAGUGUCACCUCCUGAGCUCCGCCUGGGGCCAGCUCCUGGCCCCCUCCCACUGUUCCCCUCACUUAUGCUGGCUCUUGUUUUGGUAUUUACAAUUGCCCUUAUUUCUUGGAUUUAUAUAAAUAAUAGAACUAGCUUUUAAUAAAACUUAA